UCCUCACUUUCAGCAUGCAAGUUUGUUUCAUCUGCAUAACACAGAAUAUUGGAAUUUUCAAUGGCAGGAGAAGGAGUGAUCAGAAGACCGAGAUGAAUUUGAACACUAUUCUAGAAGAGAUUCUUAUUAAAAGGUCACAGCAGAAAAAGAAGACAUCACCCUUAAACUACAAAGAGAGACUUUUUGUACUUACAAAGUCCAUGUUAACCUACUAUGAGGGUCGAGCAGAGAAAAAAUACCGAAAAGGAUUUAUUGACAUUUCAAAAAUCAAGUGUGUGGAAAUAGUGAAGAAUGAUGACUGUGUCAUUCCCUGUCAAAAUAAAUAUCCAUUUCAGGUUGUCCAUGAUUCUAACACACUUUACAUUUUUGCACCCAGUGUACAAAGCAGGGACCGGUGGGUAAAGAAGUUAAAAGAAGAAAUAAAGAACAACAAUAACAUUAUGAUUAAAUAUCAUCCUAAAUUCUGGGCAGACGGAAGUUAUCAGUGUUGCAGACAAACUGAAAAACUAGCACCUGGAUGUGAAAAAUACAAUAUUUUUGAGAGCAGUAUAAGAAAAGCACUACCUCCAGCACCAGAAACAAAGAAGCGAAGGCCUCCCCCACCAAUUCCACCUGAAGAAGAAGAUAAUAGUGAAGAAGUAGUUGUAGCAAUGUAUGAUUUCCAGGCGACAGAACCGCAUGAUCUCAGAUUAGAUAGAGGCCAAGAGUAUAUUAUAUUAGAAAAGAAUGAUGUUCAUUGGUGGAGAGCAAGAGAUAAAUAUGGGCGUGAAGGAUAUAUCCCAAGUAAUUACGUAACAGGAAAGAAAUCAAACAACUUAGAUCAAUAUGAGUAAGUAAAUGUUUAUGUUGUGAAUGUGGAAAGCCAGAAAAUUGAACAAAAAUUUCUUAUACUUGGAUUUUAGGAUAAAGAAGGUGGUUUUAUGGUAAGAGACUCCAGUCAGCCGGGCAUGUACACAGUCUCCCUUUAUACAAAAUUUGGAGGAGAAGGCUCAUCAGGUUUCAGGCAUUAUCAUAUAAAGGAAACAACAACAUCUCCCAAGAAGUAUUACCUAGCAGAAAAACACGCUUUUGGUUCAAUUCCUGAGAUUGUUGAAUAUCAUAAGCACAAUGCAGCAGGGCUUGCCACAAGGCUACGGUACCCAGUUAGUGUUAAAGUGAAGAAUGCACCAACUACUGCAGGAUUCAGCUAUGAAAAAUGGGAGAUUAACCCUUCAGAGCUGACCUUUAUGAGGGAACUGGGGAGUGGACUGUUUGGAGUGGUGAGGCUUGGCAAAUGGCGGGCCCAGUACAAAGUAGCUAUUAAAACUAUUAGGGAAGGUGCCAUGUGUGAGGAGGACUUUAUAGAAGAAGCUAAACUGAUGAUGAAACUGACACACCCGAAGUUAGUACAGCUUUAUGGUGUCUGCACACAGCAAAAACCAAUUUACAUUGUUGCCGAGUUCAUGGAAAGGGGCUGCCUUCUGAAUUUCCUCCGACAGAGACAAGGUCAUUUUAACAGAGAUGUGCUGCUGAGCAUGUGUCAGGAUGUGUGUGAAGGGAUGGAAUACCUGGAGAGGAACAGCUUCAUCCACAGAGAUCUGGCUGCCAGAAAUUGUCUAGUAAAUGAAGCAGGCAUUGUGAAAGUAUCUGAUUUUGGAAUGGCCAGGUAUGUUCUGGAUGAUCAGUACACAAGCUCUUCUGGUGCUAAAUUUCCUGUGAAGUGGUGUCCGCCCGAAGUGUUUAAUUACAGUCGCUUCAGCAGCAAGUCGGAUGUUUGGUCAUUUGGUGUUUUAAUGUGGGAAGUAUUCACUGAAGGCAGAAUGCCCUUUGAAAAAAACACCAACUAUGAAGUGGUAACCAUGGUUACUCGUGGCCACCGACUCUACCAGCCUAAGUUGGCAUCCAAAUACAUAUAUGAGGUGAUGCUGAGGUGUUGGCAGGAGAAACCAGAGGGAAGGCCUUCCUUUGAAGAUUUGCUGCGCACAAUAGACGAGCUAGUUGAGUGUGAAGAAUCUUUUGGAAGAUAAAGUGGUGUUGUGACCAGUGGCUCCCAGAUUCGAAAGCAUGAGGAAGAAAUGGCACUUUAUUCAGCACGUGAACGUGAGGAUUGUUUUACUUAUAAAAUGGAAACACCUAAAGCAUUUGCUUCCAGACCAGCUUUACCUCUAAGACUGAGACAGAAUCUUCCAGAUUAUGAAAAUGCUGCCUGAGAGAUGGUGAUUAAAAGUACUCACUUUUAUUCAUUCCACAGGCACUUGAGUGCCCAUUAUGUGCCAGGUACUAUGCCUAGGCUCCAGGGCUUGCCCACAGUGGUCUGUACAUGGGGUCAUGUUGGCUGGUGCCAGUGGGAGGCCAGGGUGUUUGGGAAGGGGAAGGGUAUUAGAGCCAUGUUCCAGCAACCCCUGUCCUCCGUUUGACUUCUGCAGAAAUCCGGGCCCAGGGCAUUGUCUAGAAUGUGGGUUCCAGAUGAAUCAGGAGUCCACCUCAGAUAAGUACUGAUGUUUUGUUUUGAAAACAUCUCUGUUUUCAAGACUGCUGUUAGUAUUACACUGAAAAAUAUGUGUACGUUGUAUCUAUUGUAAAUAUAUGUAAUAUAUAAAGUUAUAUAUUUAUAAGAAACAAGAGCUGUCUUUUAAUUGAAACUUUCAUUCUGUAAUAUAUCAGCUGUAAUAUAUUCUUAGGACUGUGCCUUACCACUGUCAAUCCUUUUCCUCUGGGGAUCAAAUAUUCCCUACUAAGAGAAAGAAGUCUGGAUCCCUCUGUCGUUAAUACCCCUGCCUUACUCUGGUGGAUGUGUUUGGGGAUGCCUGUCCACUUUAAGGGAGUCCCUUGGUAGUACAAAUGGUCAAUGCACUUGGCUGCUAACCAAGAAGUUGGAGGUUCAGGUGCACCCAGAGGCACCUUGGAAGAAAACCUGGUGAUUUACUUCCAAAAACUCAGCCAUUGA